GCAUGUCGAGCGCCAGAACAUCAUUCCUCAUGCCGAGCAUCAGAGUGGAAUGCGCUCUCAUUUCAGUCAUGUAGAGCGCUUAUCUGGCAACGAAGAAAUGUGCAGGAGCCCUUGGCACCCAUAUGCCCCAUUUGCAUUUUAGCUUUGGCAUUAGAAGCAUAAUCAUACCCGCCACUUCAAUUGCUUUGUAAGAGCAGGUGAAGGUGGCCAAAUCAUCCACACACCUCUUUAUCCAGUAGUUCACUAGAAAACUAUGGUCAUGGCCGCCCAGGACCAAAAGCCGUCGCAGCGGGCUCCGGUUCGCGUGGGAUUUUAUGAUAUUGAGCGCACGCUGGGGAAAGGCAAUUUUGCAGUUGUGAAGCUGGCGAGACAUCGCAUCACAAAAUCUGAGGUGGCUAUUAAGAUUAUAGACAAGACCCAGCUAGAUGCAGUGAACCUGGAGAAGAUCUACAGGGAAGUGGAAAUCAUGAAGCUGCUGGACCAUCCUCACAUCAUCAAGCUUUACCAGGUCAUGGAGACCAAAAACAUGCUCUAUCUAGUCACAGAAUAUGCCAGAAAUGGAGAGAUAUUUGACUACCUGGCCAGCCGCGGGCGGCUCAGCGAGAUGGAUGCGAGGAGGAAGUUCUGGCAGAUCCUUUCAGCGGUGGAGUACUGCCACGAACGCAAUAUUGUUCACAGAGACCUGAAGGCUGAGAACUUGUUACUGGAUGCUCACAUGAAUAUGAAGAUAGCAGAUUUUGGCUUUGGAAACUUCUUCCGUCCUGGGGAACCUCUGACCACUUGGUGUGGAAGCCCUCCGUAUGCGGCUCCAGAGGUGUUUGAGGGUCAACAGUAUGAGGGUCCGCAACUGGACAUCUGGAGUAUGGGGGUGGUUUUGUACGUGUUAGUGUGUGGCACUCUUCCAUUUGACGGCCCUAGCCUUCCUGUCCUCAGACAGAGGGUCCUGGAGGGUCGUUUCCGCAUCCCCUACUUCAUGAGUGAGGACUGUGAGCACCUGAUCAGGAAGAUGUUGGUUCUAGAUCCAGCCAGGCGUUUGUCCCUGAGUCAGAUCAAAGAACAUCGCUGGAUGGUGCAGGAGGUCCCGUCCCAGCGGCCUGUGCUCUACAGACAGGGUUUGCUCUGCGAGAGCAAAUCAGGCUUGGGUGAGCACAGUGAGCAAGUGCUCCGACUCAUGCACAGCCUGGGCAUCGACCAGCAGAAGACUAUUGAGUCUCUCCAGAACAAAAGCUAUAACCACUUUGCUGCUAUCUACUACCUGCUUGUGGAGCGGUUGAAAGCGCAUCGCAGCAGUUUCCCUGUGGAACAGCGUUUGCACGCCAGCCAGCGCCGCCCUAGCACCGUCGCAGAGCAGACUGUUGUCAAGACCAUGGUGGUUCCCUCCCAAGCAUGCGUCCCUCCGCAGGCAGCACGUCACCUGCGUUCACCUGUUCUGCUGCAGUCCACCACAGACACAUUUACCUUCCCACAAACCCCUGCUUCCCCAGAUCAGACGCUCAUGGAGGAAGACGUGGCCACUCCCAAGGUGGAUGGCUGCUUACUGGACCCACUCCCUCCAGUCGUUGUCCGCAAAGUCAGCGGCUCGCUGCCUAGCAACGUCAUGGAGACGUCCAUUGAUGAGGGCAUUGAGGCAGAGGAGGAGCACGCUGUGCCCCUUGCCGCCUUUCAUACAGCUCGCUUCAGUCAGCGCCGGCAUACACUGUCUGAGGUCACCAACCAACCUGCUGUGCUGCCCAUCACAGGUCUGAACCCGUCCCUCGGCAGCAUGGACUCAGAGUACAGCAUGGGUUCAACACAAAGUGACUUCAGUUUGCCUGAAGAGAAUCCAACUCUAAAGGACGCAUUAAGCACUACACCUGCCAGCUCCACAGCUCCAGUCUUCCUCGGCAUGAAGCCCCCCGAACCCACCCUGCAGCCGCUCAACACAGAGGGGCGGGACGCUCAUAAUCACUCACUAGUCAGUUUCAGAGAGGGGCGAAGGGCUUCAGACACAUCUCUCACACAAGGUUUAGUGGCAUUCAGACAGCACCUUCAGAACCUGGCCAGGACCAAGGGCUUCCUGGAGCUGAAUAAAGCCCAGAUAGUGUUAGGAGAUGGUGGAGGCGGCGGUGGCGGCAACCCCACCAUCAGUCCACAGGACUAUCCAUUUAGCCACCAGGGAGAAGGACGCCAAUGUCUAAGUGGAAAAGAUACGUCAACAUUCACUGGAAAAAUGCACCCUUAUUUGCUAUCCAGGAGACAGAGUUUGGAGACACAGUACCUCGCUCAGCGACUGCAGAGGGCCAGUCAGUUGGCAAGCGGUCUUGGAAGUGGGCAGAUGUUUUGUAAAGAGGCUGCACCUCGCACUUUAGAGCAACAACUCCAGGAGCACAGACUGCAGCAGAAGAGGCUCUAUCUCCAGAAGCAGUCUCAGGUACAGGCCUACUUCCACCAGAUGCAGCUGGCAGAGGAUGGUUACCCCCCUCCCCAGGACUGCAGAGACCCCCAGAACAGCAGCAGUCCCCUGUCCAGCCCUCCCUUCACACGGACCCAAACCCUAACCCCUUUUCUGGAGCCCGGCACCUCGUCCCUGACGUACGGCCCCAAGUCAGCCCGCUUCCCAGACUGGCCUCCACCGCCAGACAAUCAAACAAACUACACCCCAUCCCUCCCUACAGAGCCCCUGUAUGCAUGGAGUCCUGCCCAACCGCCUCUCCCUCCGGGCAAAGCAGAGAGCCCCUCGGCACAACCCGCACCUGAAGCCCCUUUCCUGGACUGCGAGGUGAUGGAGACCGUAGAGGCCCCACAAGGGUGUGUACUCGUAAACUAAAUGUGAAAUAAAGCACUCUGAGGCUGGCUCUCAGACACAAGUGUGGUAAAAGCGCCCUCAGGGACGAACAAGAUGCCAUGGUUUGGGUCACAUCUUAUAGAUGCUACAGAUGUGCACUUGAUCCUGUGGUAGACCCUUACAGACCUUCAUUUUCAGUGUUUGUGAGAUGCGCUAGUGUCCUGAAAUGUUUUUUUUUUUUUUUUUUUUUUUCCCGGUAAGCACAUAUGAAAUGUAGUGCAGCUACCCUAGAGUUUAAAAAUCAGUAUUAAAGCAAUAUUCCUUUUCCUAUAUAAUACUCUAGAGUUCUACGAGUUUCAGUGUUUUUAAUAAGUAGUUUGUUUCAUCCUUAAAUGAUCAGUAGCUACUCAAGUUUUCACUAUUAGUAUUGUGUGAUUUUUAAAUAAUAGAUCAUUAACAGAAAUGUGUAAAUAUUAGGAUGUUUCUAAGGGAUAAAAAAGAAUUAUUAGAAAUAGAGUCAACAUGAAACACCAUUCAGAGCAUUAUUUCCUAAGUAAAAUUAUGUAAUUGUGAGUGAAACUGGUAUUAAACAAGAACAAAAUAUAGAGCGAGAGCUGAGUACCAGUAAGAGGCCUUUCACACAGAACAUGUUUUUGUAUUGAAAAAUGUGAGACACAAGCAGUGGAAUGAAAAAAAUGCAAGGUCUUUUUUUUUUUUUUUUUUUUUAAGUUUAAAAGACCUUUUUCUAAAUUGAGUGUCAUGACGCUGCAAAGGAUGCAAGUGCAAUGGUCAAAGUCAUCCGUCUAACCGGUGAUGGAAAUGGCAGUGGAAGGCAAAAACGCAUACUGUGUGAAUGGCCCCUAACAGUUUACAAUAAGAUUCAAAUUGUAAACAUUUGUUAAUUACAUAUAAAUGAACAAACUAUAAUUUGCAGCAUUUAUUAAUCUAGGUUAAUGUUAAUUUAGACAUAAAUCAGUUGAAAAUGUAUGAUUUAUAUUCACAUAAAUUAACAUCAUGAACAAACAUGAAUUAACAAUACACAAAAGUAUAUUUACAACAUUAACAUUAACCAAGAUUAAUAAAUGCUGUAAAAUAUUGUUACUCACUUGUUAAUUCAUGAUACCUAAAGCAGUAAUUAAUGGUAACAAAUUAAAACAUUUCAAGUAGGCUUGCUGCGAUAAUCGGUGUUAACUUUGUUCAGCUGCAACACCGAUUACGUCACUUGCCCAUCGCUGCACCGCAAUUAGACACUACAAAAAACAGACACUACAAUUAAAAACUAAACAUGUCCGCUCAAUUCAGCGUGAGCAGAACAAGAGUCGCAGCACAGAUCAGCAGCAGGAGUCAGAUUUCACCUCACUUUGCCCAUUUUGCUUCACUCCUGACUGACAAGACGAUGGCGGAAGAUUUGGUUUCAAAGCAAAAUGUAAAAGCGCCUUUUUAAGCGAGUUUGUCAUUGUACUGUUUUGUUGUGUUUUUCAUUAAGAAUAAUAAUGAACUCACCAUUCAAGCAAUUGCCGCCCCCGAAUUGCCACUAAUUCCUAUGGAAGCUUAGGAAUUAAUUGAAAACGCUCGCUCUGCUCUGCGCCAGUGGACACGUACCAUUAGCGGAAAUUUUCCUUACUGACACAUCCCUAAUUUCAAGUAUUACCACAUUGCCUGAACAGCUGUUUGACUGCUGCUUAAAAUUAACCAAUUAGCAUGCAUGACCUAGGUGAUGUCAGCAGACAAACGUUGUCUUAAUGAUAAAAGAUUACAAAAACAAAUCAUCUGUGGAAUAUGUACAGAUGCUUGUGCACAAUAAGACCAAACAACGUGUUAAAGUAAGUAAGGUUAAUUUUGAUUUCAUGUUGACUUUAAAAUUACAUUACCUAUUUUAGACUCUUCGAAGUGGACUGGAGAAGUAGAAAAGAACAAGGUUACAGUACAUGUUUUUUCCGCCAGUAUGUUUGCUUUAAGAGCCACUGUAAACAUUCAGUCUUGAGAUACAAGGAUUAAACCAAUCAGAAUCAACAUACAAUGAUCUCACACAGCGUGCACUACUGCUCAAACUGAUUUUUUUUUUUUUUUUAGAAACUUAAGUGUUGUGCCUUUCAAUUCUUGUUGUUCCUUUUGAAGAAUGUCUGUUUUUAGAUUUAAUUCUUCAAGUAAAGCUUCCGGUUUGGAAAUGCAGUAUAAAGUACCCUCUUUUGACAGAUACCUUGAACCAAAGUCUCCAUUUAGGUUCUAUUUUGAAAUCCACUAUGUGGAUUUUUUUGGAACCAGCUACAUGAGAUAGUUGUCAUGGUCCUACAGUAUAUUAAAAAGUAUAGCAAUAUCUAGAGAAAUAGUUCUGAUGUUCAAAAUAUGAGUGUUGGUAGUGAGUGUUGUCAUUUUAUGCCUUUGAAGGAAAAAGAUCUUAUCGUGACUAUUUAGAAUUUGUAGUCAGAUUUUUUGACUAGUGUUGAUAUUAAUACUGACAUUGAAAAGUGAACUGUUUUGUUAUAGUCGUUUUUCAGUGAUAAAAUGUUUCCCGAUAUGUAAUCACAAUAUGAAUUUUGUUAUAUUCAGUUGAAAAUGCUGAGUUCCUUGCACAAGGGGAAAUAAAGGUCACACUCUCCUUGAGUGAAAACAUU